AUACGUACGUCGUACACGCACACAGAACCUAGCUAAUUUUAAUCCAACCUAGUCAUCAAUGUUUUCUCCCGUUACGUCAAAACGUUGCUGUGUUGCUCGCUUCGUUGACAAAUCAACAACGACGGAAUUUCAUCGGACAAUAGAAUUACUCAAUUACUUCUUACGUCCUACGCCAUUGAAAAUCGAAAUUUUUUCACAAGUACGAACGUCGACGGUACCACUGAUCUGACGAUACCGAGCCGAGUUAAGAAAAAUAAAACGAAUCGCGACCAGUCGCGACGCUAAUACAUACUCGGUUCAUGCUUGCCUGCUUGAUCGUUCUGGCAAAGAUUUUACCCACGGUUUCGCCUCGUUGAUAAAGUCAUGGUGGAUUCAGGUACAUCUGACAACUCUACAUUUCCGUCAACUCUGCUGAAUAACUUGUCAAGUUUAUCUUGGGAAUCUACAUCCGCUUUCUACGAUGUUACAAACGAAAGUACAUCGACAGAGUUUCCAGAACAAAUUGAAACCGAAAUGUCAACAAGUAUAGUAAAUACCAGCAGAAUGACUGAUAUCAUCGAAAAUCUGACCAAAGCUAUUGAUAGUGCAACAAACUCUACCCAAUCUUCCUCCAUUGAUUCAACCACCAAAGGUACUAUCUGCUCCACGACAGAAGACCCAUUCGAUGAAUUUGGACCCCCCGAAGGAGUCCAGUAUAUUUUUGUUCCUUUAGGAGUUAUGAUCUUCGUUGUAAUACUAUCUGCUGUGGUAUUAAUUAUAUCUCGAAAGCGUAAAUUGGAACGAUUGAGACACAGAUUAAUGCCGUUAUACAAUUUUGAUCCUGGGGAAGAAGGAGAAGAUGAUUGGGAAACUGAGCUGUUAGAUGAGAAUUUCGAUACUCGUCAAAAGAGACAAGGCUACCAAUCAAUGGACACGGAAGAAAAUGCAGAACUGUUCAGCAGCCGCUGAAGGAUUCGUAUUAUUUGAAAGCAAAAUAAUACUUUAAAAUAAUCAUGAUCAUUGUUACUACGCAAUAGUAUUCACUCGAUAUUAAUUAUAUACAUGUACAUAUGUACAUGUAACAAAAGAAUCCAAUCUAGUAAAGAAUCUUAAUCGUAUUAAUAGGUAGAGACGUUCAUUUCAAAGGCAGCAGCUGAAGCAAGUUUUCUCAUUUGAAUCUGAGCUCUGUAAUUUAUAGAUAUUUAGAAACCUUUAAAAAAUUCACUUGCGCGUAUUUAUCACCAUUCUAUUCAUUUUAAAUUGCAACACGUGAUAUAGAUCGUUAAGUAUUUUAGCACCUAUUCAUCACACUUGACAUUAAUAUGAACGUUUACUCAAAGCGAUUAUUAAUUAUAAUUAGUAUUAUUUUAGUUGCUUAGCGUAUCGAAAAGUUUUACUCAGUACAUACAGCAUUAACGUGUAAAUGUAUAGUAGCAUUAAUCACUGCUACGUGCAAUCAGCCAAAGAUAAUCUAACUUUUAUAUUGUUCGUAAAUAUAUUGCAAUAUUAUGAAUAUCAAAGAAUACAGCGUUGGCGCUGUAUGAAUAAAAAUGAUCUAGUCCAUAGUAUGUAAUAUAGUAAAAUCAAAUGUGAACGAUGUCUGCUGACAUAUUUGAAGUAUAUCGAUUUCAGUAUUAUCUAUUAAUAAUAGUUAAUAGCCCACACUAAUUAAGUAACUUACGUAUCCUAUUAUGCCCACUUAUUUUUGCAUAAUAAAAUGCACAAACGAUUUCCCCUA